AUGACUGAAACCAGCGGUGGCGAAACCGCCGUUACGAGUGAAAACUUCGAGUUAUGGAUAAGGAUGGCCACUGACAAUAAGAUCAACUCUUCAAACAGUUGGAACUUUGCCUUAAUCGACUACUUCCAUGAUAUGUCUAUGUUUCGAGAAGGAGAUGGGAUCAAUUUCCAAAAGGCCUCCACAACAUUGGAUGGCUGCGUUAAAAUAUAUUCAUCUAGAAUUGAUUCGGCCGCUACUGAAACGGGAAGAUUACUAUCCGGGCUUAGUUCUAGUGAACCGAACGAGAAGAAAAGUCAUACAAAGGAGGGGGAAACCGAAGAGGCGGACGGUUCUGACGAGUCUGAUUAUGAGGAUGAAGCCGCUCGGAAAAGAGCCAAGCAAAGAAAAAGCAGGCGAAAUAGAACGAAAAAUACAUUGGCCGAUGAUUUUGCGCAGAUCAAAGUGAAGGAAGUGGAUAAGGAGUUGCUAGCCAAUCCUAUUUUCAAAAAGGCUUUGUCAGAUUUCGAUGAGGGUGGAUGUCGAAGUUUGUUGAUGAAUAUGCUUCACAUGUCUCGAGAUGGAAGAGUGCUGUUUGUGGUAACAGAAAAGUCCAAGGACUCAAUAUUGAACUCCGUGGGGGAAUUGGAGGUGGAAAAUGAUCCACCUAACGAACAGAAACUGGAGACAAUUCAAGAGAUGAAUGAAGGUGUGCAUAGUAUAGCCCAAGAGGGCGUUGAUGCUGACGCAGAUGCAAAUGGUUUUACUUGCUCGCUAGCAAAGCUUGGUCAAUUAGUGUCAAACCUAGAGAGCGAUUGCAAGGUAUGCCCCUCGCUAGAUCCGUUAGAGAGUAUUAACGACGGUAAUGUUAGUGCCACGCAGAUUUUGGACCAAAUAGGACAGAUCGAGUAUUUGAAUACCAACGAAGCAAAUCCGGAUAACGUUGACAUGAAUAAUAAUGGAGACUAUGAUGAUAUAUGUGAUAAUUAUGACAAUAACGAGCGCUCUACAGCAGAAAUCUCCAAGCAAAACAGAUCUCAGUACUCUCUGUACCUUGACGAAGGAUUAGAUGAACAGGAUUCGACAUUCAAAAGUUUGAAUUUGACUCGCCUAUUCGAUGAGAAUACGGCGACUACUAUGGAGAACGAGGAGGAUGAAGAAGGCGGUUUGGAAAUGGCCAAAUACUUUGACGCGCUGUCAAAUAGGAAUUGGAGAGGCCCUGAACAUUGGAAAAUAUCAAGGAUCAAAUCAAAGUUUGCAGAAGUUCAACACAAAACUGUCGAGGAAGAAUUGAAACAGAAGGAAAGAUCGAUGAGUCCAACUGGACAGUUUACUAAGAAGGCCAAUCAAUGGGCUGUACUGAAUUUCAUGAGUGAUGGCGAGGACCUAAGCGAAGCCGAAAUAUUCAAACCAGGGGUUGCUUCUAGGUUGAUGGUUCCCCAAAAGCAGAUGGAGGUUCAACAAGGGUUCAAUUGCUUACCGGAAGAUUUACAAUUUACAACAAAAAGACUAAUCUGCUUGAACAUGAAACCCGAUCAGAGAAUCAAUACCAUAUUGACCAAGAAGAAGAAGAAACUCGCUGUGAUAUCGAGAGACGAGCCCAACAUGGUUGCUGAUGAAUCGUUUUUUGCUGAUGUUUACAAGGAAAACGAUAGUCAAAGGCCGGGAGCUAAUGAUUUUUUCGGUGAGGAUGGUAUUCCCGAGAAUAACGAUUACACCGGUGAAGAUGUCAACGGACAAGCUCCGGAAACUGAUUACGAUGAUGAUGUUCCUGCGAAUGAUAUUGACCAGUUUGAAGUCCCUAUUCAGCAGCCACUGCGGACAAUUCUCUCACAGUCGAGGCAACAUAAUAACGGGGGGCUUAACUAUGCUCGGACUUCCAAAAGGGUGGAUAUUAGAUUGUUGAAGCAAGAGUUGUGGAGUACUCUUCAAGAAAACGAAAAUCUCCACAAAAAGAGAGACGCAUCGUUCUUGGACGAGAAUAAAGAGAACAUAAAUGAAGACAGUUUGGAAAGAACAAUUAAGCAGACACCAUCAGGAGAGGUGGAACAGAAGGAACAUGAAGAUGAUGAUUUGAAAUUUAGCGACGUUGUUUCCAAAAUGUCAGUGAAAUAUGAAGGUCAGGCUAAGAAGGAUUUAUCGACCAGUUUCUGCUUUAUUUGCAUGCUUCAUCUCGCCAACGAGAAUGGCCUGACCCUCGAAGGAACGGCCGAUAAUAGGGACCUUAUUAUAAAAAAGUGA